CUUCCAAGUCCUAAUUCCCCACUUGGACUUGGACCAAUAUUUUGCGUUUGAGGAAGAGCCCUAUAUAAUCUUAACCUUGAACGUUGGUUUGCCUCUAAUGGAGAAAUGAAUUUCGGUGAUUCAAUGUGAAUUUCUUGAACCUUCCGAUACUCAUUGUGAUAAAGUUAGUACGAUUUGAAAUUUUGCUUAGGCCUAGUAUCAAGCACAAUCCUUCCCGUUAUAGCAGAUAGUAGGGGUGUAAGACUGGCCCUAAGUAACCACUAACUAGGCCCGAUUAUGAGCAUCGGGUUAGGUCAGUUUGUUUACAUAGUCAGUUUAGGAUCGGGUCAUAUUUUGACUUGUAAGAGUCGGGUCGGGUCACUUUUUACCCUAUGACCAAUAGCAACAACUAGUGAUUUGAAAUUCCUCAUAUAAUCAUACCAAAAGAUUGGACAUGUCUGUAAAAUUUUAAAAGUACAGGUACUAUAAUGUUGUUAAAAAAUAAAAAGGUACUAAAAUAUAAUUUUCCUCCAAAAUUUAUAAACCUAUUUGUAUAAAAAUAAAAUUUGGUUAAUAAAUUGUAAGAAAAACAAAUAAAAUUGGAUACCACAGUAUAAUUUUUCAUUCGAGCUGACCUGCUGACUUCGUCCCACUUACCAAGAUGGUCAGACGGCAUCAAGGAGAAAUAGGUCAUGUUGGGCCAAGUUUGCAGCUUGACCCUAUACAUAUAUAUAUAUAUAUAGGACCAGCCGAUGAUUGCAUAGAUGUUCGCGACUAAUUACAAGAUGUAUAAGACUACAUUGAUUGAGUUGUAACAAAUUAGGCGUCACACCUGUGCCAAAGAAAAUAUGCACUUGAUUUACUCUAAGGACACAAGAUUUCUGGCCGCCAGAGAAAUCACCGUGUACUCCUAGACUAGGGCCCCGUUUGGAUGAGAGAUUCAUUAAAAAAUCCUGGAAAUGUGAAUGUAGGAUUAGGGUUCAAUCCCACAUUUGGCGUUGGAUCAGGGUUUUGAAGGAGAUAAACAAAAUUACAAGUUUGGCCUUCUACAUCUCCUUCCUCCUCCAUUGGUCUGCAACUUCCGAGCCCAUUCAAACCCCUAACUCUCCGCCGUCGAGAAAUCACCUCUGUUUGCUUGGACGGAGACGAGAGGAAGGUGGACCCGUCGUUGACCAUAUUUGGCAUUGUCGCUUCUUUCCUCUGUCCUCCUAUUUGCCCCAUCUAGGCUCCGACAGAAGGAAAAGGAUGGGAUGGCAAUCCGUCAAACUCAAGCGACCAAACCUCACCCAAUCCCAUUUGGGUUCGGGGAUGACUAGCAGUCGUCUGAGCUGCGCUGGGUCCAUGAGCUCCACUAACCCGAAGAUCGAUAGUCGCCUGCGCAGAAUCGACAACCGGUCGCGCGUUGUUGUCGUCACCCUUCAGAGGAAGAAGAGAUCGAAUAUGGGAUGAACUUGAGCUUCGGAGUUCGGAGUCGUGCCCAUCGCUGUCGUCAAUCUUCGCCGGAGUAGAGGGAGAAGAAGAUGAAGCAGUUGGGGUCGAGGGACAGGAGAAAGGGUCGAGGGAUGAGGGUUGGUGGUUAAGGGUAUGUUUGGAUUUUUUUUUUUUAUAUAUAAUUAAAAGGGACAAAAUUGAAAGAAAAAAAAUCAACUCAUGAGUGAUUUCGAAAUAGCUAAUGGGGAUCGGCUAUUUCAAAAAUCUUCAAUUGCAUGUUUAAAAUCACUGAUUUUGAAAGCUCUCAUUUUCCAAAUGAGUUAUUUGGUGAAAAUCCGAAUCAACGAGGGAAUUGUGCUGAAAUCUCUCAUUGAAAAUCCUCAUCCAAAUGAGACCUAGGUGUUCAUCUCCACAAAUGAUGGUCAGCUUUUAAUCCCGAGGCACACAGCAACUAUAUCCUACAAGGACAAUUCUGUGCAGAUUCCAGUAACUCUAGGGAUCCUUUGGAUGGAUUGAUUGUCAAUGUGGUAUUUGUAUAGUCAAAUAACUCAUUAAUUGUUCAUGUGGUAUUUCUGUGUUAUUUCAUUGAUAAUUGUAUUAAAGUAUCUCGUUUGGUAGAACCAUUCACAUGUGGUAUUUGACAAAAACAUAAAGGUAAAACGAGUUAUUUCGAAAUAACUCACUACCCAAAUAACUUAUUUCAAUAAUAUGCUGCCAAACGAGUUCUUUACGUCCAAAUAACUCAUUCAAAUACUUUAUUCAAACAACCCCUCAAUUAUUGUGCCUACACUUGCUACACAAUGAACCAACGUAUUUGGUUAGCCCUAGCUAAUUGGGAAACCCCUCCAAAACUAUUCAAACCACAAGCAACUUACCCUGGACCACUUUUUUGGCUGGUGAAAUUUAUUUAUUUAUUUAUUGAACACCAUAUUUAAAUGUGAACAGUGUUGACGUACGGAAGUUACGCUGGGUUGGUACUUGGGAGCAUAGGACGACGGCCCAGCAGCUUCGAGGUACUUGGGAGCUCAGCUAACACCUCUAAAGUUAUAAAAAUCAAUUAACUCUGGCGUUUAGGAAGCCCAAAACGCGAUUAGCUAUGUACAAUUGUACAAUUGAGAUGCUUAAUCCAUGACACGUACGUAGUAGUAGUAUACAAGCAUUAUCAAUUUCGAAGGGUGUGGCCGCACUCGCAACAGAUUCACACGGCCAUCGUGUUUCACAAACCUAGGAAAUUACAGCAAUUACUAGGGGCUAGGGCUUAAUUAAUUUUUCUAGUUGGGAAGGUAAAUUAAUGAUACAUCAUUAACGGACAAACCAAUUAGUUUUUAUAAAUCGAAUUGUUGAGAAAUAAUUUGUGAAGUACUCUUAGUCUCUUACAUGCCCCUCAAGGCCUCGGACGAAUUACUACAAUUUUAUUUUAUUUUUGAGUUUUUCAGUUUGCACACGUUGAACAUAUCAUCCCUUGUGUCGUUAAAUCAUUAGACUUUCAGUUUGCACAGGUUGGUCAUAUCAUCCAUUUUACUAAACCGUUGUUUAUAUUGGUGAUUGUCAUAAGGAGUCCAAAACCAUGACAUCUCCGUCAAAAGCUCUAUUAAUACCAUGUUAACCAACAAAUCACUUGUUCCAAAUAACUCGAGUUGUCGGGAAAGGGUUUGUUAAUGUUUUAACUCUUACAUACAUAUUAAUUAUUGUUGGAACUCUCUUAGCCGUUUCCAAUUAUUGCAAUGAAUGGGUUGUUUUAACAAAAUAUCAUAUUCUUUGGCCGAGAAGUGAAGUGUUGGAUUUCUUACAACUCGCAAUAUUAAUGGUUGGUUGAAGUAUAAAGUAUGAUGAGAUGUGAAAACUUUGAGCCAGUGAAUUAGGUUUCAUUUGAAAUGAAUGUGUAAUGAAAUU